UCGCCGGUCGCCCCGUCUCGUCGGACCUCAGCGGCAAAAGCGACUUGAAUGGGCGGGGAAGGUCGCAGUGGACAGUGGGCAUCGCUCAGCGGCGGACCGACCGGACCCACCGGACACAAACGCAAAGGCCAUGGGAACCGCGAUGCUUGGCGUUUUGGCGGCCACCUUGCUGGCGGGUUGCGCCCUGGCGGGGCAGACCGAGCUGGCGGCGCCCGAGGCGCGCGUCGCGGCGGGCAGCCUGCGGGGCAAGUGGGUGGCUUCCAAGCCGUCCGGCCGCGCCGUCGCCGCCUUCGAGGGCAUCCCCUUCGCCAAGCCCCCCGUCGGCGAGCUGCGGUUCAAGGCUCCCAUGGCCAAGGAGCCCUGGAGCGGCGUCCUCGUCGCGGACAAGACCGGCCCCGUGUGCCCCCAGAGGGCGUUCAGUAAGCCCAACGUCGUGGAGGGCAGCGAGGACUGCCUGUACCUCAACGUGUACUACCCCAAGCUGACGGCGGACAAGACCCUGCCCGUCAUGGUGUUCGUCCACGGCGGCGGCUUCACCACCGGCGCCGGCAGCAUCUACGGCCCCGAGUACGUCACGGACCGCGACGUGGUGUUCGUCAACUUCAACUACCGCCUCGGCCCGCUCGGCUUCCUCAGCACGGCCGACGACGCGGUGCCCGGCAACCAGGGCAUGAAGGACAUGGUGCUGGCGCUGCAGUGGGUGCGCGACAACAUCCGCGCGUUCGGCGGCGACCCCGACUCCGUCACCAUCUUCGGGGAGAGUGCGGGAGCGGCCAGCGUGCACUACCUCGCGCUGUCCCCGCUCGCCAAAGGACUCUUCCACCGCGCCAUCCAGAUGAGCGGGUCCGCGCUGGCGCCCUGGGCGUUCUACGAGCCGGCCCGCGCGCGCGCCAAGACGGACAAGCUGGCCGCCGCCCUGGGCUGCCCCACGCACUGCAGCAAGGCGCUGCGUGACUGCCUCGUCACCAAGCCCUUCGAGGACAUCAUCCGCGGCGACGUGGCGCUCUUGCAGUGGCUGUACCACCCCAUGGUGCUGUUCCGGCCCACCGCCGAGCCCAGCGGCCCCGGCGCCUUCCUGGACAAGCACCCCGCCAAGGUGUACGCGGACGGCGGCGCCCACGACGUGGCCGUCAUGACGGGCGUCACCACCCACGAGGGCUGCAUCGUCGUCGUGCCCAUCGCCGAGAACGAGACGGCGCUGGCGGACUUCGACCAGCACUUCACGGAGCGCGCCGCCGUCAUGUUGUUCACCGACCACCUGCCGCAGAGCCUCAACCACAAGCAGUUCAGCCAGCUCCGCCAGGCCUACUUCGGCGACAAGGCCAUCAACAGCGACACCGUGGACGAGUUCCUCGACCUGACGACCGACGCCUUCUUCUCGUACGCGUCCAUCGAGUCCGUGAAGCUGCACGCGCGCUCUGUCAAGUCCCCCGUGUUCCUCUACGAGUUGGGCCACACCAGCGACAGGACCUUCGCCACGGCCUUCGGGGCCAGCAAGGCCACCAAGGCGAAGUACGGUGUUUGCCACGCCGACGACCUGCCGUACCUGUUCUCGGUCUCGGAGUUCGUGCCCGAGCCGCCCUCCGAGUCGGACAUGGCCUUCUCCAGCACGCUGCUGGACUUGUUCACCACCUUCGCGGCCACGGGGGCCCCCACCAAGGACGGCUCCUGGCCCGCCGUCAAGGACCUCAACGACAAGACGGAGUUCGCGUACCUGGGCGGCCCCGGCCCCGUGUCCGUGCGGAGGGGCUUCCACAACGAGCGUAUGGAGCGGUGGGCCAAGUUCCCCGUCAACGUGAACCCCGGCCUCGCACUCAGCAGCCACGCCAGGGACGAACUCUGAACCGCCGCCAUUUUGUAUUUUAUAAAAACCGGAAGCAAAAUAAAAAAAAAGUUUUAAAAAUUA